UUUUAUCAUUAAUUAAUUUAACUUUUUUUAUUAUUUUUUUACAAAAUUACCUUACUUCAAUUGUUUCUCAAGUAACAUAUAUUCACUUCUACCAAUGUGGCUUUGUCUCAAAUUUUGCCUCAUGUUGAAAUAUAAUGAGGAAGAAAUAUAGAGAGAGAAAAAUUUUCCAAUCAUGGUUAGUAUCAUUGCAAAUGGAAAACCUUUAAUUAAACUCAAUUGUUUUAUUUAAUGGGACCUUGCUUUUGGAAGAAUCCAUUAUAGAUAUCAAAAUAUAUGCUUAAAGACACCUUUACGAAGCACUUGUUUUAACCUUUCACUUUAUAUCUUUGUCUUGAAGACAUCUACCAUUAUUUUAAAAAAAAAAACCAUAAACAGGUAAAGAAUUAAUAAUAUAUCACAGUGCAUGGUAUGCAUAAUAUAUAUUCAAAUUUUCUCUUUUUUAUUCAAACUUCAUAUUUUCCUAAGAUGAAAACAAAAAAAUUAAUUAGGAACUAAAUAAGAGUUAGGAGUUGUCUAACCCUAAAGGUUAUAAUUUAAUCAUUUUAAACCACUGAAGAAAAGGGUAUAAAUCAGAAGAAUUUGUAGACUCUUGGGAUUGAAUAUGAGAAUAUAUGAAGCUUCUAUUCUAUUAUAUUCUAUUGGAUAAAGUGUCAAACUCUUCUCGCACCAUGCAGUAUAUUUAAUCACUCACCUCGAUCCCAUCAUUCUCUUCAACCUUCACCUUCACUUUUAUAUACAAUUCAUGCCCUGAUGCAGUAUGAACUGCACGACCUAAGUCACAUAUAUAAUAAUUAUAAUUACUAGUCUUUUUGGAGAUGCCACUUGAUUAUAUAUAUCAAACAAUUUGACUGUUCUAAUCUGGCAUGCAGCUCCCCUCGACACUAGUGUUAUAUAUUUUGUUUAUAAGAAGGGGUGUUGAAGCCCUGAGAGGGAACCCUAAUCCAAGAAGCGCGUGUAGGUCGCCCUAUUACUUGUUAAUCUGUGUCUGAAGAAGCAAGUUAUAAGGUGAAGAGCACUCUAGCUAGGUUUAGGGUUUUGAUAUAGUUCAGUUGAUCAUAUUGCAUGACGGUGGCGAUGGAUGAGAGAAGAAGUAGUGCUGCUGUGGAUGAGGUGGAGACGAAGGGGUCGUCGUCGGACGAGGUGAUUCUGCCGGGGUUUAGGUUCCACCCGACCGACGAGGAGCUCGUGAGCUUCUACUUGAAGAGGAAGGUGCAGCAGAAGCCUCUCUCCAUCGAGCUCAUCAGGCAGCUCGACAUCUACAAGUAUGAUCCAUGGGAUCUUCCAAAGCUUGCAACAACCGGAGAGAAAGAAUGGUACUUCUACUGCCCGAGAGAUAGAAAGUACAGGAACAGCACAAGGCCAAACAGAGUGACUGGGGCUGGAUUUUGGAAGGCCACAGGCACAGAUAGACCCAUCUACUCCUCUGACCAAAACAAGUGCAUCGGCCUCAAGAAGUCCCUCGUCUUCUACAGAGGUCGGGCCGCCAAAGGCGUCAAGACUGACUGGAUGAUGCAUGAGUUCAGACUCCCAGCUACUUCCUCUCUAGUCUCUCUUCAUCACCAUCACUCGCCCACCUCCCUCUUCAAGGUCUCUUGUACCUCUCUCGAUCAUAAGAACCAUAUCCUCCCAAAUGAUUCAUGGGCCAUCUGUAGGAUCUUCAAGAAGACCAACUCGGUGGCGCAGAGAGCUGUCUCCCACUCCAACUGGGUCUCCUCUGAAGCAAUGACGACGACUCCGCCGGAAUUCCACCGCCUCCUACCCCUUCCAAACUCCACCCACGGCCAUCACCACGCUGUCGUCCCCUUCGUCUCCGACCACAUCAUGACCCAGCCUCCAACACCCUCACACUUGAUCAGUUGCACCAACGUCCACAAUGCCAUGAUCAAUCCUCAUCACCUCCCUCCGUUAGAUAACGCGCCCAGCUUCAAGCCAUGCCCCAGCAGUACAAGCUUCUCCUUCUUCUCUCCGCUCAUCGACAACAUGCAGGUCAACGUGCAGCCUCCGGUUGCUGCUGCCGCUGCUAAAUGCACGGCCAUGGAUGUGACCUCGAUGCUGCUCGACUUGGGCAACAGCGUAGACUUUGGGCUGCAGAACAACAAUAGUGAUCAGUAUCAUCUGCAGCCAUUGGAGGCUUCCAGUAGCGGGCUCAGCUUCGCCUUGCCUCCAAUGUUUAACAGCGAGGAGUGGAAGCCAUUAAGCUUGCCUUGCAGUAACAAUAACAACAGAAGCAGUAAUAGCUCUUCAGCUUAUAUUUAGUUAACCUCGUGAGUCUUUGCAGCUAAUUAAGUAUGUUGUCUUGGAGAGAUCAUGAGGGUGGUUUAGGUGUAUUAUUGUGCUGUAUAUUU